CUUAUCCCACGAUUUUCUGUGAUUCGGUUUUCCUUCGAUUAGUAAAUCGUUCAAAAUUGGCAUAAAAAAUAACGAAAAUGGGAGCAGAAGUGCCGGCGUUGAUUGUAUGCCUGGUGGUAUCGUUAUGCUUCAAUGCGGGAUUUAUUGUGUAUUUUGUUUUGAAACGAAAAAGUGAAAAAGUGUCGGAAUACAAAAAAGUUGAAAAUCCUGAUGUGGAAAACUUCUCCAAGUCUUCGGUUCGACCACCACCACCGGAGCCAAAGCCGCAACGAAGUCCACCUGAUAGAGAGAAAGAAUCUAAAGAUCCUCAGCCAAUGAAUAAUAACCGAUCAAAAGAGCAUGUUCUACGAUCUGAAAAUCAGGCUCCGACAAACGAAAUUCAACAGCGAAGCGAUCGGCAGAAACUUCAGGAACCAAUUGGAAAAAAUGAAUUCAUUAAAUGCAUGAGCUUAGUGGUUCAAUUUAUCAAUGACUAUUUUGAUGAGUCACACAAGCAACCAGUCAUUCCAGAAAACGACGUAAAUUCCUCACGGAUUCACGUAAAGGUUCCUGAGAAGGCUGAAGAGCUCACUGAGAUUCUGAAGGACCUAAAGGAAAUCGUCAUUCCAAAUAUUUGCCAUACUCACCAUCCUCGUUAUCAUGCAAAGUUCGCUGGGAAGUCUCUGGCGGAUCUUGUUGCAAGUACUAUUUCUGCUGCACUUGGCCAUGAUGUGAACUCUUCUCCAAUAAUUGAAUCGAUUGAGCGAAUUAUUUGUAAAUGGCUAUCCACUUCAAUGGCAAUUCCUCAAAUAAAAUCAAGUCUCGGAGAGCUACGUGAUCCAAUUGGUACUGUAUUCUACACACCGUGUGAUGUCUUCAUUUCGGUAAUCCGUCAUGCGAUUGAAAAAUUUGAAAAGACGGAUUCGGGCAAGGAACGAUCGAAGAACGCGGAUUACAUUGUAUACUGUAGUGAUGAUUCUCAAGUUCCACUGAAGGAACCGUGUAUUUCGUGCCGAGUUAAACUUCGAAAAGUGAUCACCGAUGAGAAGAACGGAUCUGGAAUGACAUCAGCGAAUUUGCUGAAACAAAUGGAGAAAGAUAUUGCAAGAGGAUUCACUCCACUAGUGAUUAUUGCAAACUAUGGAUCAGCUAAUAUCGCGGCAAAUGAUGAGAUUUGGGAUCUGGUAACAGUCUCCAGAAGCAAGAAAAUCUGGCUUCACCUUGAUGCAUCGUAUGCUGGAUGUGAAUGGCUCGACAGUAAUAGCAGAAAUAAUGUUCAUGCACUAAUAUCCGAAGUACACUCCGUGCACAUUACAUGUUCAUCCCUGUUCCCGUAUUCUGGAAGAAUUUCAGUUGUUUGGAGUUGUGAGAAAUUGGAGUUGGAUGGAGCCAAGAUCCUUUAUGGAGAACACCCAAUUCGUUUAUGGAUUCUCAUUCGUCUCCAUGGUAUCCGAUCAAUUCGUGAAGCUGUCAAGCGAAAGAUUAUUCUUGGGAACGCUUUCUCUGAGAGGAUGUCACAUCAUUCACAGUUAUUCGAGAUGCAUCAUACCAAUGAACAUGGAGUUACAGUUUUUCAGUAUAAAAAUAAAAAAAUCAAAGAUCGCACUGAGGAUACAAAUAAGAUUACUUCAAUGUUCCACAACUAUCUCGUCUUGUCCUCAACUCUCAAGUUCUCAAUUGUUUCGUUCCACGGAAAAGUCCUCAUCAAGUCAGUUGUCAACUACGGUCGAUGCAACCUCUCAAUCAUGGACGAGUCUGUCUCGACUUUGGUGAACAGUGUCGAUGAGUUUGAAGAGGCUUUGAAGAAGAAGAAGAAGAUAGUUUGUGAGACUCCGAAAAAUGAGUUCUGUGAAAUGAUUGGGGGUUCACCAAAUGAGACAACUGAUACCACACAAUCGGAUGAUGGAAUUGAUAAGAAGAAGAAAAAGAAUUGAUCUUUAUGAUGAUUGGAAAAGUUCUGUGAAUAAAUAGUUUGAAGUG